CCGACCCGCAAUCAUAGUUGAACAAGAAUUUUCAAGAGAAUAUCGAUGGUAGCAAGAUCUAUGAGUAGUCUUGCAGCCUCUAGGGUGCGAUUAGCCUAUGAAUUGCAUCGCGCGAGUAAAAGCCACGCCUCAACGCGUCUCGCCAAACAUACCCCCAUCUUGUUUCUUCACGGUUUCCUUGGUUCCAAGAGAGAAAAUCGACAGAUGAGCAGGAAUCUUGCCACAGAAUUGUCGCGUGACGUCUACGCCUUGGAUCUACGAAACCAUGGCGACUCUGAUCAUCAUCCGAGACAUGAUUACAUGGAGAUGGCAUUGGACGUUGAGUCUUUUAUCAAUUACCAUGAACUCGAACGACCGACGCUGAUUGGUCACUCGAUGGGUGCAAAAACGGCCUUAACUCUUGCUCUUCACACACCAAAAUUAGUAUCCAAUAUUGUGGCCGUCGAUAACUGUCCCAUCAAGUUGCCCGUUGCGUCAGAUUUCUUGAAGUACCUUGAAAGCAUGGAGAAGGCUGAGCAAGAACAAGUCCGCACGCACGCCGAAGCGGACGAGAUUCUCCGAGAAUAUAAACUGGACCCACCAGUCCGGCUGUGGCUAUUGAGCAAUUUCAUCAAACAAGACGGUUCACCUUACUUGAGACUACGCGUUCCUUUGAAUAUCUUGAGGAAUGCCAUGGGACCAUUAGGUGAUUUCCCAUAUGAUAUUGGAAAUGUGCCAGCCUUCCAAGGUCCAACUCUUUUCCUUCGAGCUCUUCAAAGCAACUUCAUCCCUCAAAGCUCCUUUCCACUAAUCUCCAAGUUCUUCCCAAAAUCUGAGAUAGUGGAUAUGGACUGUGGACAUUGGAUUGUGCAGGAUAAGCCUCAGCAGUUCAAAGAAGAGGUUGUCAGAUUCUUGCAGAAAUUCUAAGUCAAACAGUACCUAUCAUAGGACUUCCCAUGACUCGCCUGCCAAAUGUUUUGUACAUUAAUUUUGCCUCUCUUUCGUGAGCUGGCGUUUUCGACGUACCCUGG